AUGGCUCCUAGCACCUUCUUGUUCGUGUUCUUCUUCCUCCUGCCCGCCACCGCCGUCGCCGCCCCACCGGCUACCGGCGGCAACGCCGCCGCCGCCUUCAACGUGACGGAGAUCCUGAGCCAGUACCCGGAGUUCAAGCUCUUCAACUUCCUCCUCAGCAAGACCCGCGUGGCGCGCGAGGUCAACAGACGGAGCUCCAUCACCGUGCUCGUCCCGGACAACUCCGCCGUGGACUGGCUCCUCCGCCGCAGCGCCAGGCUGCCGCGCGCUGCGCUCGUGGAGCUCAUCUCCGUCCACGUCGUGCUCGACUACAUCGACGCCGCCAAGCUGGCGGCGCUGCCCCGGGGUGGCCAGCCCGCCGUGGUCACCACGCUGUUCCAGACCACGGGGACCGCGCGCAACCGCACGGGGUUCCUCAACGUCACCGCCACGGGCCGCGGCGGCGCCGUCUUCGUGUCGGCCGCGCCGGGGUCGCUGAUCAACGCCACGUUCAAGAGGGCGGUCACCGCGAGGCCGUACAACAUAUCCGUGCUCCAGAUCAGCAACUUCGUCGUGCCGCCGGGCAUCAUCACCAGGCCGCGGCUGCCGCUGCCGCCACCGUCGCCGCCCGCGCCGAGGAUGAGGCAGAUGGCAAUCGCGCCGAGCCCUGCGCCGUCGUCGUUAACGUUGCCGCGGCUAUCUCCGAGGACGCUUCCGACCUCAGAGGGCGAUACCGCGGAGGCUCCCGACACUGCUGAAGCGCCAGCGCCGUCGCGUGGCCAUGUGGCGCGAGUGAUGAGUUGGUGGAUUGGUGCGGCGGCCGUGGGGAUGGCAUGCAUGCUCGGGUACUUGUAG